AUGAAAAAACCUAUAAUUGCUGCUGUCAAUGGAUAUGCAAUUGGUGGGGGAUGCGAAGUCGCUAUGAUGUGUGACAUUAUUAUAGCUAGUAAAACAGCAAAAUUUGCAUUGCCAGAAUCUAAAAUAGGACUAAUUCCUGGAGUAGGAGGCACUGAAAGGCUAGUCCGAACUGUUGGGAAAUUUAAAGCAAUGGAAUUAGUUUUAACUGGGGAUGCUUUUUCUGCUGUUGAUGCAAAAAGGAUUGGUCUUGUUAAUAAAGUUGUCGAUAAUGCUUUAGAUGAAGCUAUUGGAAUUGGUAGGAAAAUUAUAAAUAGUCCACUUCAUGCUAUCUGCUCUGCAAAAAUGGCAAUAAAUUUCUCCCUUGAAGUAGGGCUUUCAGAAGGACUCGAGCACGAAUUAUCUCUAUUUAAUUCAAGCGUUUCAUUAUAA